UCUAAAGCCCACAAAAACAAAUCCGAGAGAGAGAGAGAUGGAAGAUAAACAGCCAACCAAUGACCAAGCGGGUCAUGAGAACGAGUUGAAAGACAGGAAGAUGUCGUGGGAGAAACUCGAUCGUAUCGACUCUUUCCACGUAGAAGCGGGAAAAACUCUAUCGAAUGUCGCUAAACCUUCUCUGAUGAGUUGGAGAACGACGCUGAGUUUGGCGUUUCAAACUGAUGGGAUCGACGAAAAAGAUGACGUGGUUGGUGUCCUCUCGCUCAUCAUCUACACGCUCGCUCUCAUCCCCCUUCUUAAGUACGUCUUCAUCGUCCUCCGGGCCAACGACAACGGCGAAGGAGGAACGUUUGCGUUAUAUUCAUUGAUAUGUCGAUAUGCGAAAAUCGGAUUGAUUCCAAACCAAGAGCCGGAAGACAAGGAUCUAUCGAACUACAGGCUUGAACCUCCAACGACACAACUUAAAAGAGCCCACAAGAUCAAAGAGAAGCUCGAGAACAGCAGAUUCUCUCAGAUUCUUCUCUUCCUCCUCGCCAUCAUGGGCACUUCCAUGGUCAUUGGUGAUGGUGUUCUCACUCCUUCCAUCUCAGUGCUUUCUUCUGUUGGUGGAAUCAAAUCUCUUGGACAAGAUGCAGUAGUUGGAGUUUCGGUUGCAAUCUUGAUCCUUUUGUUCGCGUUUCAGCGAUUCGGAACCGAUAAAGUCGGAUUCUCCUUCGCUCCGAUCAUCAUCAUUUGGUUCUCAUUCCUCACAGGGAUCGGACUCUACAACUUAUUCAAACAUGAUAUCACCGUUUUACGCGCCAUUAACCCGUUAUAUAUCAUUCAAUACUUUAAAAGAAACGGCAAAAGGGGUUGGAUCUCGCUUGGAGGCAUUUUUCUCUGCAUAACAGGAACCGAAGCCAUGUUUGCUGAUCUUGGCCAUUUCAACGUCCGAGCAAUACAGAUUAGUUUCUCGUGCAUUACAUUCCCUGCCCUUGCUACGAUUUAUUGUGGACAAGCUGCAUAUCUCAUUAAACAUCCGGAAAACGUUUCAAACACGUUCUAUGACUCAGUUCCAGAUCCAUUGUAUUGGCCGACAUUUGUUGUGGCGGUAGCAGCAACAAUCAUAGCAAGCCAAGCGAUGAUUUCUGGAGCAUUUUCGAUAGUUUCUCAGUCUCUACGCUUAGGGUGUUUCCCGAGGGUGAAGGUUAUUCACACGUCGGCUAGCUACGAAGGGCAAGUCUAUAUCCCCGAGAUUAACUACUUGCUCAUGGUGGCUUGUGUUAUCGUCACUAUUUCCUUCAAAACAACAGAAAAAAUCGGAAAUGCUUAUGGAAUUGCUGUCGUAACCGUUAUGGUUAUUACAACCUUAAUGGUCAGUCUUAUAAUGCUCAUCAUAUGGAAGACGAGCAUUUGGUGGAUCUUGGUGUUCUUGAUUGUUUUUGGGGUUAUAGAGAUGGUGUACGUGUCAUCUGUCAUGUACAAGUUCACCAAUGGAGGGUAUUUGCCACUUGCUCUCGCUGGUGUUUUGAUGGUAAUAAUGGCGAUUUGGCAUUAUGUUCAUAUCCUUAAGUAUCGGUAUGAGCUCAGGGAGAAGAUCUCAAGCGAAUUCACCCGGGAUUUGGCUCGAAACCCUAACAUACACCGUGUUCCGGGGAUUGGACUCUUCUACACAGAGCUUGUCCAAGGUAUCACUCCUUUGUUUUCACACUACAUAUCGAAUGUUUCAUCAGUUCACUCAGUGUUCGUAUUGGUUUCGAUUAAGUCACUUCCCGUGAACCGAGUGGCUUUAUCAGAGCGGUUUCUUUUCCGCUAUGUUGAACCACGAGAUUUCGGAAUGUUCAAAUGCGUGGUGAGGUAUGGUUACAAGGAAGAUAUCGAAGAUCCACACGAGUUUGAGCGUCAAUUAGUGCAUUACCUGAAAGAGUUUAUCCGUCACGAGUACUUCAUUAGCGGAGGAGGAGCUCUAGAACUCGAGAACAACAAUGUUUCAACAGUACUUGUGAACGAAGAAACGGGAAAACAAUUGGCCGUUCAAGGCGAUGAUGAUUCAUCAUCGGAGAAAGUAAAUGAGAUCAAUGUAUCCUCAACUAACGUUUCUCGCCGUUCAUCCGGAAGAAUCGUGUCGAUAAACUCUUCAGUUUCGAACAAGGUUGUUUCGGAACGUAUCCAGAUCACUGAGGAUCAGACCGAUUUUGUGGGUAAAGCAAGAGAAAAAGGAGUGGUUUAUCUCAUGGGAGAAACAGAAAUCAUGGCUGAGAACAAUUCAUCAUCUCUAUUCAAGAAGUUCAUAGUUAACCAUGCCUACAACUUCUUGAAGAAGAACUGCAGAGAAGGAGAUAAAUCACUCGCCAUCCCUCGAUCGAAGCUUCUCAAAGUCGGCAUGACUUACGAGUUAUAGAGUCUGUAUCUCUGAAUCUCUAAUGGGUUUGUGUCAAAAUGUGUGUUUGUGUUUAUCAGACAGUAUGUUCCAAGUUAUCUGUCUCUGGAAAUAAGCUUUUAUGUGUAGUAGUGACUACUCACUCUGUUUGCUUCUUCGAUUGGAUAAUCAUGAAGUUAAAUCGAUCUUCUAAUUGUGAAUA